AUGUCGCGUUCAAGCGAAUCGUUCACCUUGCUAGAAAGCGGCGCCUCUCGGAUUCACUUCAAGCUUGCCAAAGAGCUCGAAGAAGCGAAUUCGCUUCAUCAGCAGGACACCAUCAUCCUCGAUACGGUUGCACAUCUUCGCAAGCAGCUUUCUUCGCGCUCAUUUUCCGCUGACGUGUCCAAGCUCGCCUCGGCACUUGUCACGCUGCUUCACUGCCUUCAGCACUACCCGGCCUCGACCGCAUCCCUAGCCAGUCAGCCCACGUCUAUCGAUGCCAGCUUCGCCCUUCUUCCCGCCCUGCAAUUGCUGAGCUUAGCCACGGGCUGGAAAGACCUGCUCAUAGCACACCAAUUGCUCCCGUUUCUUCUUCCUCAAAGCGGUAAAAGGCGAACAAAGGAAGAGACUACUUCCGUCUCUGCUGGCAGCUCGUCUCCAAUCCCUCAUUCAGCGAAUGAUGAGUCGUCGUCGUUGCUUCUUCUAAAUACCUUUCGAGCGGACCUUUCGACUGCUUUGGAAGAUUCUCAGCAGCAUGUGCCUCGUCACGACAUGGACAAGCGCUCCCGGUCCCCGUCACGCUCUCGGUCCUCAUCGCGUGCUAUGGUGAAAGAUGUUCUUCAGCCUGACCCUGCGAACAUGACGAGCUUCCGAGCCUUGGCUUGCCUCAAAUCUCUCGUUACCGGCACACCUCGAGGACCAGCUGUGCUACCGUCCCUUGCCUCCACGCUGGUGGAGCUGACUCGUCAUCCGGACUCUUCGAUACGCACCAUGACACUCAAUGCCAUGCUCACUUGUGCUUCGAUCGACGCAAGUGAUUCAUCGGACGCCGAUGGACAGGCAGAGAUUCUCGAUGCUGCUCUCACCAUUGUGCGUCUUACCCUAGCAUCGACGUACGCUUUCUCACCUGGUCUCAAUCCGGACGAGAAUCAGGGAAUGAUUCUUGCCGAAAUGGAAAGGCGGGUCGACUCUAGUCCCAAUGUGCUUCGCGCAUGUAUCAAGAUCGUGGAUCAUGCCCGUGCUAGCGGCAUCAUCACCAGUCAAGAGGCGGCUUGUCACGCCAUCGAAGCGCUCCAGGCCACCCGCUGGGUUCCCAUGCACCUAGAAGUAGCAGCCCUCGAGCAGCAGCGCUUGGCAGCAGCCGUCGCUGGACGCACCGAAGGCCUUCGUGCCCGCACAGCAGCACGACAGAGACCGACUUUACAAGCAGAGCACGACUAUCACGGUACAUACGCACCCUGGCUCGUGGAUGCUUGUCUUUCCUCCUUGACAGGAUCACUUGCGAGUGCGUUUCAACACUCGUCUCCUCCUUUGGACGACGCGGUGAAGAGGGAGGUGCUGAAAGCGGUGCUUCGCAUCUACCACGUUGCAUCCCAAGGCAAGGCGGCAGCUCUAGCUCUUUGUGUCGCAGCCGCACGAUGUAUUGGAACCCUCGCGCCUCUUUCGACGACCGGGACGCUGACGCGACCCGCUGUCGACCGCGAUGAAGAGCUCGCAGCAUUGUGGGCCACAUUGUCAGCUCACGUCAAAUCUCAGCUGUACAGCACCAAUCCGAAUCGUAAGACUGCAAGCAUCGUCGUCCUGGACGCACUCCUCCCCCUCGGAUGGGCACAAGGCAAGUCGGAGGCAAACAUUGUCGAGUCGACGCCGGACCAAGAACCCCCAGUUGCCUCCAUUUCGCCAGUGGACAUCGCUGAACCCGAGAUGGCACAGCUCAUGGCGCUGCUAACGGACCCGGACACAUCCAUCCGCAGAAGAGUACUGGCACUGCUGCAUCGAGUUGAUUCCGGCCUUGCCGACCUCUUGGCCGCAUCCUCGGGCAUUCUCGACCAAGAAGAUUUAGAACUCGUCGAAGAAGUGGCAGACCCGGAACGGCGUCUUGACGUUACUGGCACUGAUGGCCACACACCUUCGCUCUUGGACCUCGUUCACCAGUGUCACAAUCACGAGCCUUGGCUGGACUCCGGCCUGACGCCGUUCGUUCUGGAUGGAGUGCAGAUCGGGUUCCUCACAGCGAGAGUCGUCAAAGCGUGUAUCGACGACUCUGGGGAGCAGCUCCGCGCUGGCUCUCCUCCCGUACUGCGCAAAGUUCGAUUCGCCAUGCACCACCGCGAGAUUGUACCGCCAACGGCACCUUCGCGUGUCUGCGAAGCAAUCACCUUCACAUCGCACUUUGCCACGCCGGAAGCGAGAACAGCGGGACUUAACGCGGUCGCGCAGCGGUGGCGCCAAGCUGGCACCUUCCCCGAUCCUCUCGAUGGCUGGCGCGACGAGCUAUAUGCGAUCUACGGCUUGAACCCUCAACCGGGCACCCGCAACCCGAUCGCCUUCAAGAUGGAGCGUGCGGCGUGCGCCUUGUUUGGCUUUGCAACGUUUGGGGUCCACUUGACGGCGUACACUGUCGCGCCGACCACAGGCGAGCUCAAGGUGUGGGUUCCGCAGCGCAGCAGCACCAAAUCGACGUGGCCGGGCUACCUGGACAACUCGGUGGCUGGGGGUAUCGUCGCAGGCGACCUGCCGAUGGAGAGCAUGGUGCGCGAAUGCGAGGAAGAGGCCAAUCUCGAGCCAGCGCUGGUGAAGAAACACAUCAAGCAGACAGGCGUGCUGAGCUAUUGCUACAAAACGUCCAAGCAGGGUUGGAUCCAGCCCGAGGUCGAGUACGUCUACGAUCUGCCCCUACCCGCCGACGUGGUGCUGCAGCCCAAGGACGGCGAGGUGGACCAUUUCGAGCUCAUGACGCUCGCCGAGAUCUACGACAAGAUGCGCGAGGGCCGGUUUAAAGCCAACUGCGUGCUGGUGCUGUUGGACUUUUUGAUCCGACAUGGGCAUAUCACCGCGGAAACCGAGCCGGGGUACAGGCAGAUCGUCGCCCAGCUUCAUGUGGAUCUGCGUCUGCCUGGUCCGUGA